UUGAGAGGCCGCUCACAAAUCUGAAAGAACUUUUCCUACCUUUCAAGCUUCGUGCUCAAGGCUCACUGCUUUGGACUCACAUCAGGAGUAAGGGCUACUAGCAAGGCAUGGGUGUGCGUGCAGAACAGCUUAAAACAUUCCACGACCUUGCCAGAGACACCGCUGUGGCAGUGUUUGUCACCCUUGCCGGUCGACCGAUGAGUUUCCACGAUGCUUGCAAACGCGAGACUUAUGAGUGGGAGGAUAGUAUAGAACAAGCCUUAGUGGCUCCGUUGGAGUCUUGAAGUAAUGUCUAAGCAUUUGGUGAGCUGAGCUCGAAAGAGGAAGUAUAUGUCGUCACAAGUGCUUUUGGGAAGGAAGCUACGAAGCUCAUACCGGAGACUCCUCCUGGUCACGGGCCAGUGUCUUGCAAACGAGCGC